CAUUUAAUUUCUCGAAACUAAUCUCUCUCUCUCUCUCUCUCUCUCCUACAUAAAUCCCAAAAAAUCUCUCUCUCUCUCUCUCUCUCUCUCUCUCUGUCUCUCUAAAAUAUAGCAGGCUCAGUACAAUUGAUCAGAAAUGGUGCACCCUGUAUCGGAGGCCAACGACAAGAGCCCAUUCGGCUCACUAACCCCGUCCGAGUUCUACGCCCGCCACUCAGUGACUCACUCCUCCGAGUACAUCACAAACCCUAGGGGCAUGAAACUCUUCACCCAGUCCUGGACCCCACUCCCCCCGACCGAAAUCCUCGGCACCGUCGCCGUCGUCCACGGCUACACCGGCGAGACUAGCUGGUUCCUCCAGCUGACCGCCGUCCUUCUCGCCAAAUCGGGAUUCGCCACGUGCGCCAUCGACCACCAGGGCCACGGCUUCUCCGACGGCCUCUCCAACCACAUCCCCGACGUCAGCCCCGUCGUCGACGACUGCGUCUCCUUCUUCGACUCCUUCCGCGCUCGCCACGCGCCGUCGCUGCCGUCGUUCCUCUACGGCGAGUCCCUCGGCGGAGCGAUCGUUCUUUUGAUAGCUCUCCGGCGCGGCGGCCGACCGUACGACGGGAUCGUGCUGAACGGCGCUAUGUGUGGGAUCAGCGACAAGUACAAGCCGCCGUGGCCGCUGGAGCACUUCCUGUCCAUAUUAGCGGCAGUGGUGCCGACGUGGCAGGUAGUUCCCACUCGUGGAUCGAUUCCGGAGGUUUCGUUCAAGGAGGAGUGGAAGCGGAAGCUAGCGUUUGCGAGUCCACGGCGGAGCACGGCAAAGCCUCGAGCCGCGACAGCGGUUGAGUUGAUUAGGAUAUGUAGAGAGGUGCAAUCGAGGUUUUCAGAGGUGGAUGUGCCAUUCUUGAUCGUACACGGCGGCGGCGACGUUGUUUGCGACCCGGCUUGUGUGGAGGAGUUGUAUAAGAAAGCGGCGAGUAAGGAUAAGACGAUUCGGGUUUACCCUGGGAUGUGGCACCAGCUGAUUGGUGAGCCGGAUGAGAAUGUCGAGUUGGUGUUUGGGGAGGUUGUUCAGUGGUUGAGGACUAGGGCUGAACGCGGUGGCGGAGAGGCCGAAACUGCCGUGGAAGUUGGUGGGGCGUAGGUGAAUAAUUGGUCAUCUGUUUCUUUUGUUAAGAUAAGGUGGGAUUGUAUUGCCUAGCAGUAACGUACACCACGAAAUAAACGAGGAUUAAUAAGCGAUCAUUGAUGUCAAAAAUUUGCUCUUGUAUUUGAUGUGUCUUGGAAAAACUCAGUACUUGUCACUACUUGGAAAAGAAUGGUUCUUUCAUCAGAA